AUGGACAAACUCAGGCAAGUGUAAUAUAAGUUUUGGUCCUCAAAACAUGGUUCUCUAGCAAAAUAUGGCUGCUUGAUGUUUUCUACAGCCUAAAAUGACAUUAUUUACUUUUAGACAAAAGAGGAAAGACAAGAUGGCGAGUGGUCGGGAGUUGGCGUCGGGUCGGGCGGUCACCAGCAAAGAGGCCAUAUCUAAACAACAGAAGGACAACAAGCACAAGAAGGCUGUAUUAAAGGGGUGCCAAUUUGAUUUCCAACAACUUGAGACCAUUCUUUUUCUAAUCGAUGGAAAACUGACUUUUUUAUAGCCAUUUCUAGUACCUAGUAUAAUAUAAUUUUUUUUCCAGAUCAAGCCGAGAGGAGAACGAACAUAAGGGCGACCCAAGCGCGCCGGAUGCAGAUGCGGAGAUCAAGGAGAUUGCGUCGAGGUUGAAUCAUCAUCAAUGGUACCAUGGGAUGAUGCCCAGAGAUGAAAUUGAAGACCUGCUCAAGAAUGAUGGGGAUUUUUUGCUCCGAAAGGUGCGUAGAGUCUGCAAUGGGCCUCAGUUUAUCAUUUGUAAUCCAAAAUUAAAAAAAAAUCCAAAAACGAUGAUUUUAAAAGAAUUCCAGAAAAUCCGUCAUCCUUCACUCAAAAAUUGGUCAUGAUGACUGAUUUUACUUCUGAAAUUUUUUGAGUAGAGUCUGUUAUGGGCUUCAAUUUGUCAUUUCUAAUCCGAAAUUUUAAAAAAAGAUGCAAAAACGAUGAUUUUAAAAGAAUUCCAGAAAAUCCGUCAUCCUUGGCUCAAAAAUUGGUCAUAAUGACGGAUUUUACCUCUGAUUUUUUUAACUGGAGUCCGCUAUGAAUAUUGCUUGCAUUUUUGUUUUGUAAAUUGAAGAUUACGUUGGAUUUGCACAUGUCAUGAUGACGGAUUUUUUGGAAAUUUUGUAAGAAUGAGUGUUUUUUGAUAUGAGAGGCUGGGAAAAACGUUCCAGAGACCUUAUGACCAUCUAAAAAUUUUAUUCUCAGACCGAUGUCUCCAAAAAACCUCGGAUUGCGAUCAGCGUGUGCUACAACAAGCGGAUCCGCCACAUUCUGCUCACCCACCACGACAACAUGUGGUCGGUGCGGAGCGUGAAGAAAGCCAGUGUGGAAGAGCUGGUCGAGCACCACUUGAAGGAGAAAAUCCCGGUCCAAUCGGACGGCACAACCAUCCAGAAUCCCAUCCCCCGCCCCGACUUCUACAUCCUCCACGAUCACCUUACAAUCGGCCCGAAAUUGGGCGGCGGAGCCUACGCCGACGUCCAUAAAGGAGUGCUGCGGAAGGGCGGAGAGAGCAUUGAUGUGGCCAUCAAAAAGUGCAAAGGGAAUAUCAAGAAGAAGCAGCGGAUCGAGUUCGUCAAGGAGGCGAGGAUUAUGCGCAGGUUCAACCAUCGGAAUGUGGUCAAGGUCAUCGGCGUUGCACCGCAGGUAGAGUUGGAGUCGUAUUUGAGAAAAAAUCGGCUUUUGAAGCUUCGGAAACAUUUUUUGGAGACUUCUUUUUAUUAGAUUUGAAAAAUUUUCAGCCAAAAAUUUUUGAAUUUCAAAUUUUCCGCCAGAUUUUGAAAAGCUUGGCAUUGUGUUGUAUGCAUUAUGACUGUUCAAAAAAGUGUCAGAAAAAGCAAAAUAGGCCGGUAAAAACUGUUUUUAGUAUCGAAAAAUUUUAAAGCUUUGAAUUUCCCGCCAUUUUUUGAAAAUCUUGGCGUUGUGUUCUAGUGGUCUUCAAGGUUGAAAAAGUGAUGUGAAAGGCACUAGAUGGAACUGCAGGGAUUAUUUUAGGACCAUUUGCUCAAUUUUUUGACCUUCAAGUCUCGAAAAUUCAAAUUUCCCGCAAAAUUUUAAAAAUCUUGGCAUUGUGUUCUAGGGGCCUCAAAAGCCGAAAAGAAUGAGAAAGACACUAGAUGGAGAUGGAGGGACUAUUUUAAGUCCAAUUGUUCAAUUUGCGAGCAUGAAAGUUUCGAAAAUUCGAAUUUCCCGCCAAAUUUUGAAAAUCUUGGCAUAGUGUUUCACGUCGUCCAAACAUUCCGAAAAACUUUAACAAUACGUUUAUUAGAGUUCAUAAUAGAUUUUAUAUCAUUUUUCCAUUUUUAGGAAGAGCCCAUAUUAAUUAUUCUCGAAUUAUGCCCUGGUGGAGCGCUUUCCUCCUUUUUGAAGCGACAAAAAUCGUUGCCGGAGGACAAGCUGGCUGGAUUUGUGAAAGAUGCAUGCCGAGGACUGUGCUAUUUAUCAAUGAGAAAGGUAAGAGAGGAAAUUUUUUUUUUGAAUUUCGAAUUUCUGAUGUUUUAUUGUUUUCGUGGUGGGACCAAAAAAAAUUCUUUUCACACUGUCUCUGGUGCUAUAAACGUCGUAUUUUACAUAUUGAGCAUAUCUAAGGGCAUGAGGAACUGAUUUUGCGAUAAAUCGAAGAGAUUUUCCAAAAUUUAUUGUUUUCGUGGCAAGACCCAAAAAUUGUUCAAAAAUUUUUUUAUUGUGUUAAGUGUCGUAUUUUACAUGCUAAAUGUAUCCAUGGGCCUGAGAAUUUGAUUUUGCGACGAAUUGGACAAGUUUUCCAAAAUUUAUUGUUUUCGUGGCGAGACCUAAAAAUUCUCCAAACUAUAUUUCUGACGCAAUAUCCGCCUUCUAGAUCAUUCAUCGAGAUGUUGCGGCGAGGAAUUGCCUGCUCAGCAAGGAGAACGAAGCGAAAAUCAGCGACUUUGGACUGUCGGUCUCCACCAAGGAGCUGAAGCUGGACCGCCUCAACAAGAUGCCGGUCCGUUGGCUGGCGCCCGAGACCUUUCGCAACGGGCUGUUCACGACGAAGACGGACGUGUGGUCGUUUGGAAUCAUGAUGUGGGAGAUUUACUCGUAUUGCAAGACCGACCCAUUCCCGGAGCUGUCGAAUGCGGAUGCCAAGGCCAGGAUCUUGAGUGGAAAGAACCCGAUGGAGCCGCCGAAGGGAAUGCCGGUGAAUAUGCAGUCCUUCAUGAGGCUGUGCUUUACACAGGUAGGCCGGGAAUUGCCAAGGAUGACGGUUUUGUAGAGUUUGGGCCGGUUUUUGAGAAAUCAGGUUUUCGUGGUGGGACUCAAAAUUUUGCUGUAAGUGGCAGAAAAUGCCAAAUAGCUGUACUUAGAUAAUUCAGGCAAAUUUUAAAAUAAAUUUUAGCAAUUUUAGGCGGAUUUUGAAAAAUCAUGUUUUCGUGGCGGGACUCAAAAAAUUUGCUGUGGAUGGCAAAAAAGAGUGGAACUGUAGUUUGAUAGCAUAAAUAAGUUCAAUUAUCAAUUUUUGACAGUUUUGGAGCGGAUUUUCGAGAAAUCAGGUUUUCGUGGUGGGACCAAAAUUUUCGAAAAAUAGCUAAACUUUGUUGAGGAUUUUAAUGGUGAGUCUGUUUGGAACGUAGAACCUUGUUGUGAGAAUAUUUUAUAUAUUUCAUACUUUGUUUCUUAGAAGCUAAGGUUUUCGUGGCGAGACUCAAAAAUUUUGGAAAUACCCAAAAAUUCGAUUUUUUCCAAAAUUUUCCUCAAAGUUAUCAGAGUAGAAAUAAACUUUAUUACGUAGAGGUCACACCCUGCCCGAUUUUCAGAACCCAGAAGCCCGUCCGACCUUUGAGAAUCUGCUCCGAACGUUGUGCCCGAACGAACAACCUCCAGAGCCCGAGAACGAAGACUUCCUCAAAGAGUUGGAGAAGUUCAAGAAAGAAGCCGAAGAAUCAACCUCCAAAGCGUCGGGCAUGAACUCAUUUCCUUCGAAUCGACCCUCCGCUAGAUGA